UGCUGCAACGCGCGAAGAGGUGCAAAGACCUCCAGCUUGGAGAUCGUUGACUUCAACUCUCAAGCAUCUGCUAAAUCCCUCUCUUUCUUUCCAUGGAGCUUUGGAGCUAAUCAGUGAUGCUUCGUUGAAUUACAUUAUGGUUGAGGCAGCAGCUACGGCAGCAGCUGUUGAGGCAUACAGGGAUGGGAAAAGCUUAAUAGCUUAUGUUGGUCGCAAAAUCGAUUAUGCGAAUGAUCUUGAAAAGAAUUUUAGAAGGCUCAAAGAGGAAGUAGAGAAACUCUUUGCUAGGAGGGAUGACGUGGAAGCUGAAGCAAACAAAGACAAGACAAAGAAAAAAACUAAAGAGUGUGAAGCCUGGAUUGGUAGAGUUAAAAAUGUUGAGAAUGAGGUUCAAGAACUAGAAAAUGAAUUUAGAAAAGGAAGAAAACGUCCAUGGAAAGGGCGUCGCAUUUGGUCAGCUUCCAAUUUCAGUAAACGUUUGGCUGAGAAGUGCGAGGAAUUGCAUAGUCUGUGGGCAGAAGGAAGACUUGAAACAGAAGCAGUUGUCGAGAGACCACCUGAGCGUGUCAGAACGAUGCAUGCUCCGAAAACAGAAAGCAAGCCAUCAAUCCAUUGUGCUGUUGAAGAGGUCCUUGGUUACUUGCGGGACGACAAUGUGAAAAGAAUUGGGCUUUGGGGGACAGUGGGAAUAGGGAAGACCACAAUCAUGCAUAAUUUGAAUGAUGAUGUAGAGAUCAGCAAAAUGUUUGACAUUGUAAUUUCAGCAUCAGUUUCCAAAGAGAGUAGCAUGGAGAAGUUGCAAAAGGCAAUUGCACAGAGGCUAAAAUUGAAUACUGAAGGGAUCAGUGAUCCACAUGAAAUAUCGUGGAGAAUAUCAAAAGAAUUGGAGAACAAAAGAUACUUGCUUCUUCUGGAUGAAGUUUGGAAUGUUUUUGAUUUACAGGCAGUAGGAUUACAUGAUAACAGCCAGGAUGGUAAGGUUGUAUUAGCAAGUAGAUACGAACAUGUUUGUUGGGAUAUGGAAGUUGAUGAGUUGGUCAAUGUGAAAAGGCUGUCUGAAGCAGAUGCAUGGAAAAUGUUCCGGGAGAAAGUGGGUAGGAAUAUUAAUCUACCUGGUGUUGAACCACUUGCCCGUCUAGUGGUAACUGAAUGUGCUGGUUUACCCCUUCUGAUUGACAGAGUUGCAAGAUAUUUCAGAAAGAAGGGUAACAUUAAUCUCUGGAGGGAUGGAUUAAGAAGCUUGCGGAGAUGGCCUAAUGUCAAAGUCCAAGGCAUGGACGAAGUUCUUGAAUUUUUGAAAUUCUGUUAUGACGAGUUAGAUGAUGAAGGACAAAAGAUUUGUUUCCUUUAUGGCGCACUGUUUCCUGAGGAUUCUGACGUCUAUAUAGAUUAUUUAUUGGAGUGCUGGAGAGCAGAAGGCUUUCUUAGUGAUGCAAUUGAUUUUACCGAAGCUCGUGAUCGAGGGCAUGGCAUAUUGCAUGAUCUCAUUGAUGUUUCCUUGCUAGAAAGAAGUGAAAAAUUAAGCAUGUCAGAAUGAAUAAA